ACGAUCUCGCUGUUUUGUAAACAUGAGAGGCCUGUGACUCAUUUGAGGCCGUGUGUUCUUGUCACUAUGAGGAACUUUUGCAUUUUUGUACUAUUUUUCAUGAUAUUUUUAAGUGUUUGCAACUCAAAAAUGAUAUAUCAAUUCAAUCGGUACCAUUACAAGAAGAAACCAAGAUCGGAAAACCUUUUCAAGCGUGACACAAGGAUGUGUGAGAGUGAGUGCACAUCAUAUGUCGGCCGAGAACGGUUAAAUUGCAUCAGGAAAUGCAUCUCAUCGGAAUGCUAUGAAGAGCUCUACAGUUGGGAUGAGUUGGAGGAAGGUGAGAUUGACAUAAGGGCAUCGUCUUUCAAAGGAUGCUGGAUGAAAAAGAUCAUCAAUCAACGCUAUGGCAAACAUCACCGAACCAGUCAUUGAUCGUCUGCAUGGAUAGGAUGAAAUGUAAAGAGAUGGAUUGGUGCUCCUGGUCAUUGAGAAGGAGAUCAGAGGAGGAGUGUGCCAGGAGUCGGCUUCGACUGGAUUAACCUCCGUCAUGUCAAGUCUGCAAGGGACUGAAACCUAGCGGUGGAGGAGCUAUGAAAGAGGACGAAGAACUAGGGGAAGUGGAGAGAUGAUUCCUCAAAAGCUUCAACAAGUUCUUAGGAUCUUCAGAAGUGACAGUCUCGAAGACAAGGUGAUGGGGAUGUCAUAUAGAGGAUGAAGGGAAAGAUUGAUAGAGAGAAUGAGAAAGAAAAGAAAAAUGAGAGAAAGUGAGAGAGAAAGGGUAUUUUAUUAGAGGCUGGAAAAGGGAGGACAGUAUUCUUGAUGAGAGUGGACAAGGUAUUGCUAGCUCUAUUUUACUGAAAUGCAUGUCAAACCAUUGGCUCUGUACGCCACUUUGUGUUUUGUUGUUCUCAUCACAAAACUUAGUACGUAGGGGGGGGAGGGUUGACUGAGAUUUAAAUGCAUCUAAAAGCGCACCAUUCCCAAACACGUAUCGAGCUCAAUAAUGUGUCACCGCAUUGGUCACACUCAUGGGACGCAAUGUACUGCAUAUUACUUUGAAAAUUCACUUUUACACUGUUUUUUAAUGUCACAGACUCUCUGAAAAGCAGUUUGCUCUGACUGAACGUGAGUUUUACUGCGGUUAAAUAAAUUGAAAUAAAUGAAUAAAAUGUGUUAAAUAUCACAUAUGCACAGGCAGUUAAGCAUGAUUUUUAAUCAAAUUUUCCUUGGUGUGAAACACCCCCUGGAUUGUACUACUACUAACUAGUAUAUUUCUUGGGCCAUCCCCUAGAUAAGUUUGGUUUGUGCCCUUGUGGAAUUGCCUAGAUUCACACUAUCAACACAGAGUUUGCUAUUUUGGCAAUGAGCUUAGGCCAGGAGAAACAGAGAGACAGAGAGAUGGGGCAGAUAGGGAGAAAGAGUUUAUUUCAAAGAGAAGGGGAUGAAUGAUAAUUACAUUUCUAUAGCGCCUUUUCUUGGAAAGGUACAAAGCGCAUUACAUAUAAAGAAUGUACAAUGAAACAAAACACAACCAUAAAAGUGAAUGAAAGAUUGAAGAACAUUGAAAGACCAAUGCUGGCUAGUAGGCAUUAACGGAAAAGAUACAUACAUGUGUUUUUUAGAUUUUUCUUGAAUAUGUUGAGUGAAAUUGCGUUCUUUAUAGAAUUGGGGAGAUUGUUCUAUGCUCUUGGAGCAGUGGCUAGGAAUACACGCUUGCCAGCAUUGGUUUGACAUCUUGGGAUAUGGAUUUCUCUAUUGGCAUUAGAUCUUAGGGGUGACACUUCGUAAUUCCGAAGGUUCUUUAUUCCGAAGGUUCGUAAUUCCAAAACACGUAAAUUGCCUAUACAUCGAUGUUCGUUAAUCCGAAAACGUAAAAGGGUUCGUUAAUCCGAACAUUUGUGGCGUUAUUCCGAAGGUUCGAUAAUCCGAAAACGAAAUAAGGUUCGAUGUUCCGAAGGUUCGUUAAUCCGAAAACGAAAUAAGGUUCGUUGUUCCGAAGGUUCGUUAGUCCGAAAACGAAAUAAGGUUAGUUAAUCAUUUAGUUUUCGGACUAACGAACCUUCGGAAUUGCGAACCUCAUUUCUUUUUUGGAUUAUCGAACCUUCGGAAUAACGAACCUCAUUUCGUUUUCGGACUAACGAACCUUCGGAAUUACGAACCUUCGGAAAUACAAACCUUCGGAAUAACGAACCUUCGGAAUAUCCGAACCUUCGGAAUAACGAAGCUUCGGAAUUACGAAUGUAUGCAGAUCUUAGGUUAUAACUAGAUCUCUUUACAUGAAUGAGAUCACACAGGUAUGAGGGGAAGGAGACGCAGAAAGAUUUUCAAUCAACUGCAACUUGACUGUCACUACUUUCUACCAAUGAAAUGCGCAGAUUAGGGACUUUGCAUUUGAUUUGGGGGUUGCCUUUAUUCUACAAUUGGCCCCUGAUGGUGAAAUAUUGUGGACAAACUAUCAGCAAACAAAUAACACAGCACUUGUCUAUUUAUGGGAUUUUUACUUUUCCUGUUGUUCAUAGUGCAUUAUGAUGAAAUCUGGGAGUAGUAGCUGGACUUUUAAUGAAUAUGUCACAUUUUAUAACCAAUUCAGUUGAUAUAUGGACCAAUAUGAAGAAAGACUGUUGUAAUGUGGCAUUGUGGAUUAAUAGUCAGCCCUUGGUAAACCUUGAAUUCUUGUCAUGUCAUAGCUGCCAAAGUUUAUGCCUGAAAACUAGAACCUCAAGGCCAUAGGAAGUGAUAACCUGGUAUAGGUUGUUAAAGAGUAGGGCUUUCACUUUUGUUUCUUUGAAAACGAACAUGUGACCGAAAAAAACAGCGAGCACUUUGGAUUAAGUAAAACCAUCUGUCAAAAUUCUUGGAGUACAUGUGGAUUAUUGUAAAAUUUUCAUAAACAUGUUUACGAUAGCUAUUCUCAAAUGUGGUUUAAGGUUCAUGGAAUGCAUACAUGACAUGUUCAUAUUUUUAACUGAAUAUUUUGCUAAAUUAAAUCGCUAAGGUCCAACCUGAAAUUACUUUAUUAAUUUUAUGAACGUUUUCCAGUUGAUUUUGAAUUUUGAAUUAUUGAAAGAGGAUACUGUAUUACAAAAACUUAUUACGAUAUUGGUUUUCUCAUUUAAAAUUUGCAUGUAUAUGAGUCGACCUUGUAAUUUGUUUUCUAUUUUCUAUUUUAAAAAGUAUGUAAUACAUUGAUGAGUGGAAUUUUCCAAAUGUUGUUGCUGAAUUAAUAAAAUCAAUAAAAAAACUAUUUCACC